AACUUACUCCUUCCAGGAGCUGGCAAGCAAAUAGAAAUCCAUCGAAAAAUAAGAAUAAUCAUUAUUUUUAAAAAGAACCUGCCGAUUUCUUCUCUUGUUUGUAGGGUUCAUGCAGCAAUUUUGAUUUCCCGCCCCCAUUCUUAAAGUUUACAUGACAUUCCUUCCAGGAGGUGGCAGCGAGAAGGACCUGGUAGUUUAAGCACGAAUAAAGAAGGAACGAAACGAUCGUUCGGAAAUACAAUACAGGAAGUCGCCGCAGCAGCUGGUCUUGCUGAGCCGGCAAAACGUCAGCGCCGCCCGUCCAGAAACCCCCUGAAAUCCCCCCUUUGCAAGGCCCGCGCCGUUUCCUGCCCGGACGCCGGAUUCCUGCAAAUUCAAUCAAAGGCCUCGACUGGAUCCUAUGGCAGAUCAAACUCCAGCUGCUACAAAACAACAUGCCCCUGAUUUUGAUGAAUACGACAUCAUCACCGAAGAGGACAUUGAAGGCAUUAAGGAUGCUCUCAAAGAAGGGAAGAUGGCAGAAGCAGCCUCCAGGAUUAUGGAAAACCUGCAAGCCUUGGAAAAUGCUACUCUGGACAUUGCAGUCACUGGGGAAUCUGGUUCAGGGAAGUCAACGUUUGUCAACGCCGUUCGUGGUCUAGGGGACGAAGAUGACGAAUCAGCCCCUACUGGGGUGGUGGAGACCACAGUGGUGCCUACUCCUUAUCCCCACCCUAAGCACCCUAAUGUGACCGUGUGGGAUCUGCCAGGAAUUGGCACACCAGACUUCAAAUCCAGCACUUACCUGGAGCAGGUAAACUUUUCCCGUUACGACUUCUUCAUCCUCAUCGCUUCCGAGCGCUUCAAGUCCAACCACGCCCAGCUGGCACGUGAGAUCCAGCAGAUGGGCAAACGCUUCUACUUUGUGCGCUCCAAAGUGGACGCGGACCUGGAGGCCACCAGGAAGCGCCGGCCGCGAGCCUACAACGAAGAGGCGAUCUUGAAGGAGAUCAGAGACAACUGCCAGGCGUGUCUGGAGAACGAAGGGGUGGCUGCUCCCCAGGUGUUUCUCCUGUCCAGCUGGGAAUUAAACAAGUACGAGUUCAUGCGUCUAGAGGAGACCUUGGCGAAGGAGCUGCCGAGUCACAAGAGGCACGCCUUCCUUCUCGCCCUACCCAACAUCUCUUUAGAAAUCCUACAGAAGAAGAAAGAGGCUUUGCAGAAGCAGAUCUGGAAACUGGCCACUGUCUCCUGCGGCAUCGCGGCCGUGCCCAUCCCGGGCCUCUCUGUGGCUUGUGACAUAGCGAUCCUGGUCAAGAGUCUCUCGGGAUAUCGUGAGAGCUUCGGCCUGGAUGAAGAGUCUCUCGCCAAGCUGGCCGAAAAGGUUGGCAAGCCUUUGGAAGAGAUCAAAGAAGCGAUCAAGUCCCCCCUCGCCAAAGAGAUCUCCAAGGACGUGGUGGUGAAGAUGCUAACCAAGGCUGGCGGCGGCGCCUUGAUGUUCACCGAGUAUUUAGUCAGCACAAUCCCCGUAUUUGGCUCCGCGGCAGCUGGCGGGAUCUCCUUUGCAACUACUUACUAUAUGCUCCGAAGCUUCCUAAACGAGGUGGCAGGAGAUGCUCAAAAUGUGCUCAUUAAGGCCUUCGAAUCUGAUGUGUGAAGAAGUUUAUAGGAUCUUCCGUGACCUCUCUGAGGGGGCUGCUGAGUGGAAAAUUUGUUUAGUUGCAUCGGAAAAAGCUUCAACGAAGCUUACCAGCUGAAAUCAGGAAAAUAGUAUGAUACAAAACAGGCAUUGGUCCAACCCCGUAUCUGUUUAAAUUGGUGGCUGUCAGGAGAGAAGAGGGUUUAUUCCGUUGAGUUUGCCAAGCUUCACCAGCAACUUACUUCUUAUGGACAUUACUAUGGGAACUUUAGCUCUGAAUUCACAAGGAUCUCUAAAAUGAAGAGAUGCACAGCACUGUUGCAAAACCACUGUCUCCAGUAUUCACAGGAGAAAAAUGAAC